CCAAAACCCCCAAUCCCCCCCGAGACCCCGCCCCAACAUGGCGGCGGCGGCGGGGGGCGGGGUCUCGCCGGGGGGCGGAGCCUCGCUGGAGGAGGAGUGCGAGGUUGUGCGCGUGCGCGUCAAGAAGAACGAGGGGCAGCAGCCGCCCGAGUUCCGCUCGUUUGCCGUGGACCCGCAGAUCACCUCGCUGGAUGUGCUGCAGCACAUCCUGGCCCGAGCCUUCGACCUGCAGGGGAAGAAAAGCUUCGUGCUGAGCUUUGCAGCACGGGAUGGGCAGGGCCAGGACACCUUUGUGCCUCUGCUGAGCGAUGGUGACCUGGCCAAUGCCUUCACCUGCGCCCGGCCCACCCUGAGGCUGCGCCUGGACGUCAGGAACCCCCCCGACAGUGAGUGACACACCUGGGACACACCUGGGCACAA